GGUUAAGAAAGGUUUGUAUGCUUGUAUGGAGAGGCUUAUUUCUGAUAGUAGUGAUUUUAACCAAGCUGAUGCACAAAUGGAUGAAUAUCGAUACAAGCGUGGACUUUUCGGAAUGAGGGCGGCUCAAAAUUCAUAUAAAACACGUCCCCCAGUGGAAUGGUGGGAUCAAUUUGGAGAUCAUAUUCCAGAACUACGGGCUUUUGCGGUCAAAAUUCUUGGCUUGACGUGUUCUUCUUCCGCUUGUGAACGAAAUUGGAGCACAUUCAAUCAAGUCCAUACGAAGAGAAGGAAUCGUCUUUCAGCCAUUAAGUUGAAUAGUUUGGUAUUUAUAAUGUUCAACAAAAAGUUGAAGUUUAGGAAGAGCAGAUUACAAAAGAAAGAGGAUAAUUUGAUCUUCGAUAAUGUAUCAUCUGAUGAUGAGUGGAUUGCUGAACCGAAUGCAGAUGAUGGAGAAAGUGUGGAUGCACGUGAUGAACUUGCAUUAGUUGUUGAUGAAAUGGACAACGAAUUCAGAGGGGUGGACCUUACAGUUGGAACUGAAGAAGAUAAUGAGGCCCGUGAAAAUGAAGGAGAUGACAAUGAGAAUGACAUUACUAAUUUGGAUACUCAUGAAGAGGACGAUAGGCUUAGUUUUGAAGAUUAAUA